GAGCUGGAGGGAGGCGGUGGAGUUGGAAGACGGUGUUUGUCUUGUGCAUGGCCUUGGAGCCGGUCAUAACUCUGAGAAUGGGUCCAGAGAGGAUCUGUCCAAAUGAGCAUGAAGAGGUGGGGCUACAAGAGACAUCUGAUGGAACUCCUGAUCCUGCUGGAGAAUGGAGUAGUGAGGAACCGGAGGAGGAGGAAGAAGAAGAAGGCAGUCAUGGCUACUUAUAUCAACCACUGAACCAAGAUCCAGACCAGGGACCAGCAACCAUUGAAGAAACAGAACCCAGCACAGAGCCAGUCCUUGACAUCCGUGAGCGACUUCAGGCAAUGAGACUGCACCUGCCUGAUCCACCUGUGGACAGUGAUGAGGAAGAAGGAUCCCCACCCCAGAGCAGCCGAAGCUCCAUCCCUAUGGAUCCAGAACAUGUGGAGUUGGUGAAACGGACAAUGGCUGGAGUCAAGCUUCCCACACUGGGAAUACCUUCAUCAGUUGAGAUUAAAUCCAACAAUGACUGA